AUGAGUAAUCCGGACGUGCACGUCGUCAGCCCUGCGACUAACAAUCACAACCCGCAACUUCCCAAGGCUGACUGGACUUACUCUACUGCUUAUGGGGGCACGUUCACAGGGCCUUGGCUCGGUGAUGAGAUCAGGGGCUCGGCUGAGUGUCUGCCACGGUGUCAACUCACUGAUAGGAGUCUACCAAUACGGUGGUUCUCUCAGGUUUGCUUAUGGGAGGAUGAGCUGGCUGAUAACGGUAGUAGUAAAUAUGUAAUACGACUGCGAGUGAUGCCAAAUUUUUGGUACGUGUUAGCGUCCUUCCUCCUACGAGUUGACGGUGUUAUCAUCCGUUUAGUGGAGACUCGAAUUUUCCAUCAAUUCGGCACUCACGAGGUCAUCCGCCACUGGUCCUGGCGAGAACGGGAGUUGAAUGGGCUGGACGCGGCCCCACUGUGUGCUAAGGUUGAUGCCGCUGUAGCCCAAGGACUCAUCGGCUGUGAGAGUCUGGCAGAAGACGAGGGCAGUCUGUGUUUUGAAUUAUGUGAUAAAUUUACUUUCAAUGAUAGUUUAUAA